AUGCGCACAUUUUGCUUCAUUUUACAGGAUUUGCACUCGUACGACUCGAAAGAGGAGACAGGGAUGGUGGGAUUGAAAAACCAGGGGGCUACAUGCUACUUGAACUCGCUGUUGCAGACGUUAUUUCACUUGCGAGCAUUUAGGCAGAUGGUGUAUGAAACGUCCACGGCUCAGGAAGAUACCAAUAAUUCUGUGUCAUUGGCACUGCAGCGUGUAUUUCACCGGUUACAGAGUCAACAAAAGGUAGUGUCGACGAAGGAACUGACGCGCUCGUUUGGAUGGAGUGCAAUCGACUCGUUCAUGCAGCAUGACGUGCAGGAGCUGUACCGAAUUUUGUGCGAUCGGUUAGAAGAAAAAAUGAAACACACGAGAGUGGACUCGGCAAUUCCGAAGCUUUUUGAAGGCAAAGUAAGGUCUUUUGUGCAAUGUGUGAAUGUGGACUUUCAGUCUUUUCGUGAUGAAAGCUUUUAUGACUUGCAACUGGACGUGAAAGGCUGUAAAGACUUGAUGCAGUCUUUUCGUAAGUAUGUGGAAGUGGAAAUGCUGGAUGGUGACAAUCAGUACGACGCUGAAGGACAUGGGAAACAGGAUGCCAAGAAGGGUAUUGAGUUUGCCUCGUUUCCACCUGUCCUUAAUAUCCAGCUUAAGCGCUUUGAGUACGAUGCCAUGCGUGAUGGCAUGGUCAAGGUUCACGAUCGCUUCGAGUUUCCAAAAGUUCUUAUUCUCGAUGAAUUUAUCGCUCACAGUAGCGCAACAAAAGACACCAACGAGAAAUCUCCACGGUAUGUUUAUCAUCUCCAUAGUGUUCUGGUUCACAGUGGUGAUGUGCACGGCGGUCAUUACUACGUAUUUAUUCGACCUGGAAAGCAUACUAGUUCAAGUACGAGUUGGUUCAAGUUUGACGAUGACCAGAUCACGCGCGUGGAUGAACGUAUAGCAAUCGAGGGAAAUUUUGGUUCUGGUGGGACUCCUGUAACACCACAAGGAGGAUCUACGGAAUCGCCGUCGCCUUUGCACUCGUCAUCAAUUUUUGGUCCGUCUGAUAUAAACGCUGAAAAUGCUAAUGAGCCUGGUGGCAUGGAUGGCUUAGAAUUUACGUCGGUGGCUGCACCGGGCGAGCCCGGUACUGGUGGCGGCAGCGCAACGGAUGAAGGAUAUGAGUACAGUCAAUAUAACGACACGAGCAGUAUCCCGUUACGUCCUUCGUCAAGCACUCAGAUGCUUCCAAUUGGUAGGAGUUUUUCUAGCGCAUACAUGCUCGUGUACGUGCGCAACGGUGAGAACGACAUCAGCGCCAUUCAGGAAGGGGCUUUUGUGGAUACAGAGAGUAUCACAACGACACCUUGUGCUUCAAAAAAAAUAUCCGCGGCUGAUCAUUUACUCAACAGCAUUAAAACGGAAGUACCACCUAUCAAACCGGAGAUUCGUACUUGGGAAAGCGAUCCGGUGUCGAUUCCGACCGAGCUGGUUACACGGUUCCACGAGGAGGAAGAAGCAGUUAGCCGGCGCAAGAAAGCUCAGCAAACAGAGCAUGUAACGGGGUGA